CCGACCGAUAGAUGCCGUUGAAAUGGCAGUGUAGACGACAGAAAUUUGCCGAACAACAUAACAUAUUGUAUUAAUUUACCAAAAUGCAAACUGCUGAAAGAAAUAGCCCUGAAACUACCGCGAAGACAGCAGAUGUACCACUUCAGCUUUCAAACAUAAAAGCCCUAGUCGAAAAAAUUAAUGUAGAAGGUCUUGGUAGGACAAAGGAUGAUCUUGUUAUCAAAACUAUAAAAGAGCUUUUUGAAGCUAAAGAUUUUCAACAAGUUGUGCUGAAAUCUCAAGAAGUCAGAACAAAACUAGAAAAACUUGGAUGUUUCAAGAAUGUUGGUGUAUUUAUUGAUACCAGUAAAGGACAGGAUGCCACCUCAAGUGGACUGGAAAUUACAUUUACAGUUAAAGAAUUAAAACGAGUCCUUGGGGGUAUUAACACCCUUGUGGGAAACAACGAAGGUUCUUUAGUCAUUGGAAGCAAUCUGCCAAACACAUUUGGAAGAGGAGAAAAACUACAGGUUGAAUAUACAUAUGGCACAAAGCAAUCCAAAGGAUUCAAUGGAAUGUUUGUGAAACCUCUCCACAACAAAGCCAAUAGCAUAUUGACUUCAUCCUUCUACCAGCAGAAUUCUGAAUGGCCAUCAUCUGGUUAUCACUUGUGUGAGCAAGGAAUCUCUCUAGAUGCUAGUUUUGACUCAGUCCCUCUUUUACGCCAUAGUGUUCAGUGGGAAGGUGUCUGGCGAGAACUUUCUUGUCAGAGUCGCACAACAACGUUUCCUGUCCGUGAACAAGCUGGUCAUUCACUCAAGUCUGCCUUGCGCCACGUGAUACACUAUGACAAUAGAGAUUCGGCUGUGUUUUCGAAUAGGGGCACCCUUUUUCGUAUGGUACAGGAGCUCGCUGGACUUGGUGGUGAUGUUGGUUUCGUCAAACACGAACUUACUUAUCAAUUAAACGUCCCAAUCACAAAUGAUGUGGUUCUUCAAGGCUCCUUCCAAGGCGGUUUUAUGAAACGACUGAACGAUGAAAAAAUGAUUUACAUUUGCGAUCGCUUUUUCCUGGGUGGUCCACAUACUGUCCGUGGCUUUGAACAGCGUGGCAUAGGUCCACAGUCUGAUAAUCAAGCACUUGGAGCACAGACAUACUGGGCUGCUGGUCUUCACUUGUUUACUCCUUUGCCCUUUAAGCCGGGACAUGGUGGUCUAGGAGACAUCCUCCGCACGCACUUUUUUGUCAACGCAGGAAACAUAGACAAUUUCAAUUUCGGUGAUAAUAUCAAGGAAAGUGCCCGGAUUCUAACUGACAGAUAUCGUUUGAGCUACGGAAUGGGAUUAAUGUUACGGUUGGGCACGGUGGCUCGGAUCGAAUUAAAUUAUUGUGUUCCCCUUAAAUGUCAACGAGGAGAUCGAACUCAUCAUGGCGUGCAAGUCGCUGUUGGAGUGCAGUUUCUAUAAUGGUGGCCAGGGCGCCGUGGGUGUCACGUUGAGAUUUCGAGGAUUACACGUCAUGUUGGAGCAUUUCAAUUGCUUGAGACGAAAUUGUUAAAAUAUCCUAACUUCAUCCCGUAGUGUUCGUCAUUUGGUUGAAAAUAGUUUGCAAAGGAAGUUUCUGUAAAUACAGAGUUAAUUUAG